AGCAAAGCUACUCCCUCUCCCUCCCAUGGCCAACACCUGCGCCAGCCUCGACACCGCCUGGUCCCACCUCCCCGCGUCCGCCCCGGCUCCCUGGCAAUACGCCGCCUGGUUCUCCUCUGCCGCCGCCGCCUUCGAGAACGACGCGCUCGCCACCGCGCUCGCUCGCGCCUCCGCCUCCGCCUCGCCCUCCUCCCCGACCCCUUCCUCCUCCUCCACCACCACCUCCUCCGCGUCCGAGCUGUCCUGCGCCCCGUACGUAAGCUGCAGGCCAGCCUCCGCGGCGGCGGCGCGGCACUGCACGGGCCGCGUCUCCAAGCGGAAGCCCCGGGUGUCCCGCCGCCCGCAGACCACGUACAUCACCGCCGACCCGGCCAACUUCCGUCGCAUGGUGCAGGAGAUCACCGGCUACGCCCUUCCCGGCGCGGAGAGAGCCUCCGCCGUGCCAGCGCCGCCCAGGCCGGACCCGCUCGCUUUCGUGCUCCCGACGCUGGACACGUCCGCCUGCUUCUUGCUGGACCAGGGCCAGGCGCCGUCGCUGCGGCAGCAGCGUUGGGAGGACAAGACGUCGGGCGGAGCGGCGGCGGCGACAGCAAUGCCCGGGAUGGCGGGCGACUCGUCGCUGCGGCUGAUGCAGGAGCUGGAGGCGAUGAUGAGCGCGCCGCCCGCCGUGUCCUCCUUCCCGACGUUGGAGAGCUGGGGGAUGAUCUGAACUUCUCAAGGAUUAGUCUUUUUCCUUUUCUUAUGCUAGCGCUUUUAGUGUCUUGUCGGUCCUCCCGAUGUGAGGGAUCAGAUGGUCGGUAGUGGUCGAUGGUUUAGCUUGAUCAUGGAGGGAGUAGCAUAGAUGCUGUCGUGGGAGAUCCUUUUUGUUGAGAUCGUACUAGGAGUUUUGUAAAGUGGAUUAGUGGCGGUCAAUGAUGAUGUUAAUCACUUGUAGUCUAAUCCAAGUAG